AUGUCUGCAAAUAACCUUUCCUGCCUCCUCUAUGGUGCCGGGCACGCUCGCUUCGAGGACCGACCGAUCCCCGAGAUCACGGAUCCUCACGAUAUCUUGAUCCGCAUCUCGUAUACUGGCGUUUGCGGUAGCGAUGUUCACUUCUGGAAGCACGGCGGCGUGACGAGAAAGGUUUCCGAGGAAGAGCCUCUCGUCAUGGGCCACGAAGCCUCGGGAAUCGUGCACUCGGUCGGCCGCGAAGUCACCAGCCUCAAACCAGGCGACCGCGUCGCCAUCGAGCCGGGCUUCCCAUGCCGGCGCUGCAAGCGGUGCAAGGCGGGCAAGUACAACCUCUGUCCCGCGAUGCGCUUCGCCGCAGAUCCUCCUCGCACUCACGGAACGCUGGCCCGCUUCUUCAAAAUCCCGGACGACUUUGCCUACAAGAUCCCGGACGAGCUCAGCUUGGAGGAGGCUGUGCUCGUCGAGCCCUUGAGCGUUGCGGUCCACGGCGUUCGUCUCGCCGAUGUGCGGCCCGGCCAGAGCGUGCUUGUCCUCGGCUCUGGAACGAUUGGACUCCUUGUCGCUGCGACUGCAAAGGCGUUUGGCGCAGGAUCCAUCUUCAUUGCUGACAUCAACGAGAAGAAACUCGAGUUUGCAAAGGGCUUUCUCGACUGUGCCACGUUCGUUCCAGCCCUCGACGCAUCGCCAGAGGAGAAUGCGGCGAGGUUUGCGAAGGAAAAGAAUCUCGACGACGGCGUGGAUGUCGUGUUGGAAUGCACCGGUGUCGAGUCGUCCGCCCAAGCAGGCAUUUAUGCCUCAGCACCAGGUGGUGUCUUUGUGCAGAUAGGCAUGGGCAAGCCGGACCAAACACUACCCAUGGGAGCCAUGAUGCAGAAAGAAACCGUCGUCAAGGCGUCGUUUCGCUAUGCGCCGGGAGACUACGAUAUCGCUCUUGGCUUGUUGGGCUCGGGCAAGGUGUCGGUCAAGUCGCUCAUCAGCAGCAUCGUGCCGUUUGAGCGCGCGACCGAGGCCUGGGACAAGACGACGAAUGGCGAAGGCAUCAAGAACUUGAUCCGGGGCGUGCAGGACUGA